AUGUCACUAUUUGGAAGCUCCCCUGACGACUCGAGCUUGUCCAAACAGCCUGCGCGCCCCAACCAGAAAUCCGCUCUUUUCGAUGAUGAGCAAACAUCAGGUGCAAAGUCUGGUAGCUCGUUGUUCGACGAUGAGGGCACUAAUAGUGCUUCACCAUGGGAUAUGCCGACCCCGAAGAAGGCCGGGAGGAGCGACUUGGUCAAGAGACUGCUGCCCGCGUCUGAUGUUUCAGAGAACUACAUUGAUGCCUUCGAUGCUUUACGGGAGACAAGUUACAAAGCAGAAGGAGGUCAAAUAGGGAUUGCCGGUGCAAAAAAACUGUUCGAAGGUUGUGGGCUUGAUGCGUCUGAGCAGGACAGGAUACUCAAGCUUGUCACUGGUGGGCAGGACACUGGACUUGGUCGGAGCGAGUUCAAUGUCCUGCUCGCCCUGAUCGGUUUGUCCCAGGAGGGUGAAGAGGCUUCUUUAGACUCGGUUGACGAGAGACGGAGAAAUCUUCCCGAACCAUCGGUACCCUUCAUAAAGCAGAUCAGGUCUGCCAAAGUCUCCGAAAACCUCGAAGAGACAUCACCAAAACAGGAAGCGCACAGUGCACCGCCCAAGCAAACUACUCCCGGAAAUUCUCCUCCUAAAUCACGCCGAAUAAGAAAAGACUCGCUGGAAAACCUAGACGAUGAUCCAUGGUCUAGCCCAGCUUUGCACAAAGGUCACACCCAUAACGUCAACAAUGAGGCAACUCCGUCGUCGAAUCCUACAGCGGCGAAGCCAAUAAGAAAUGGGGUCACUGAGCCGUCGCGGACUACGAGUGUUUUCACGACGUAUUCCGACAGUCCAAGCUCAACGAUGCCUUCGGGAGAAGAUACGAGAGAGCCUCCCAUGGAUGGAGGUGCUGGAGGUUGGGGAUCGGAGGGGCCACCUAGCAGUGGGUUUCCGAACGCAGGACAGUCAGGUGGCGGCUUCGGCUCAAGUGGAGACGACCAAGGCAACCACACUGGAGGGAGCAUUGGAAGGUCCUUAGGUGGAGGGCGUACUAUCAACCGAGGCGUCGAGGAGACCGUCAGUGUCAGCCUUCUUCCAGAGAAGGAAGGCAUGUUCAUGUUUCAACAUCACAAUUACGAGGUGAAGAGCGCAAGAAGAGCAAGCUCGGUCGUACGAAGAUACAGUGACUUUGUGUGGUUGUUAGACUGUUUGCACAAAAGAUAUCCAUUCAGAGCAUUGCCAUUGUUACCACCGAAAAGAGUUGCCGUCAACGGAAGGCAUCUAUCAGCCGACGUCACAUUCAUGGAGAAGCGCAGACGUGGUCUGGUAAGAUUCGUUAAUGCCCUAGUCAGACAUCCAGCUCUAGGUCAAGAACAACUCGUUGUAAUGUUCCUAACCGUGCCCACUGAACUUGCAGUGUGGAGGAAGCAGGCUACCAUUUCAGUGCAAGAAGAGUUUGUGGGCAAAAGUCUUCCCUCCGGCCUUGAGGACUCUUUGCCUACAAAUUUAUCGGAGACCUUCGACACAGUCCGGUCUGGCGUUCGGGAAUCAUCAGAAAAGUACAUCGGCCUGUGUGGUUUACUAGAGCGUCUAGCGAAGCGAAAUCAAGGAAUCGCAGCAGAUUACCUUCGGUUCUCGCAGGCAUUGAUGGCUGUAACCGAGACCUCACAGAGUACAUACGCGACUGAUACGAAUGACGUCCCACUGUUAAAUGAGGGCAUAAGCUCGACCGCGAAGCAUCUAACGACCAGUCAGAGCUUACUAGAAGACGAAGCUCGCGCUUGGGACGAGGGUGUUCUGGAGGACUUCAAAAAGCAACGAGAUACUCUUGUCAGUAUUCGAGACAUGUUUGACCGGCGCGAUCGAUAUGCGAAAGACAACAUCCCCUAUCUAGAGCGAAGGAUUGAGAGCAAUGAGAACAAGCUCGCUGGUCUCAUGGGCAGGGCGGAAGGGGCCCCGGCCAAACCAGGAGAACAAGAAAAGCUUGAGCAAGCUGUGAGAGCUGACAAGCAAUCAAUUGUCGAUCAGCAUGCCCGAGGAGUGUUCAUCAAAGAGUGCAUCCGGGAUGAGCUCGUCUUUUUCCAACAGUCUCAAUACCAGGUCAGCAGGUUGCAUCAGGAUUGGAGUCAAGAGCGUGUAAAGUAUGCUGAGCUUCAAGCUGAUAAUUGGCGAGCAUUGAGCGAGGAGGUCGACAAUAUGCCUUUGGGAGAAUAG